CCCCGCCCUCCACCUCCGGCUGUUUGCUUUGAGCUGUCGGCUUGUUGGCAUCCCCCAUGGCAUCUCCCCUGGAGCAGUGUCUGGCCGUGAUGGUCUCCACCUUCCACAAGUACUCCGGGAAGGAGGGGGACAAGUACAAGCUCAGCAAGCAGGAGCUGAAGGAGAUGCUGACGAAGGAGCUGCCCAGCUUCAGCAGCCAGACCAGUGAGAGCAGCCUGCAGAAGCUGAUGAGCAACCUGGACUGCAACAGCGACAGCGAGGUGGACUUCCAGGAGUACGUCACCUUCCUGGCCUGCAUGGCCAUGAUGUGCAACGACUUCUUCCAGGACUACCCUGACAAGAUGCCACGCAAGAAGUGACCCUGGGGCACGGUUCCCAGGCUGCCCUGCAGCUCCUGUGUCCCUCCCACUCUCCUCCCGCUGCUCUGUCAAUAAAGGUUGC